AUGGUUGAUAGCUCUUUAGAGGUACUACCCGACAUUCAUAAAAAGAAACUUUCACCGUUCCUCCAAACAUUUAAGCAGACAAAUGAAACAAUUCGGCGGGAAUUCUUGGGGGAAGAGGAUGCAGGCCCCGCUGUGACAAUCCGAUCCGUUAGAGAACUCAAGGGUGCUGGGAUCCAAUUCGAACCCGCAAAAGGUGGCAUCAAAGAGCUUAAAUUCAAGGAGGGAACGUGUCAAUUCUUUUUGCCAGUUAUCAGAUUGGAUGAGAACUCAGAAGUGAUAAUGAGAAACCUGAUGGCCUACGAGUCAUUGACUAGACCCACCUACUUAAUCUUCUCCAGGUACGUUGAAAUAAUGAGAGCUAUCAUAGACAAACCUGAGGAUGUGAAUCUGUUGGUGGAUAAGGAAAUCAUUAAGACUAAGUUCAGUAAUAAAGUGGUGGCGGAUCUUUUCAAUGGGAUGAGCACAUCCCUUAGGCCCACCGACACUCCUGAACUGGAAACAGAGAUAAAGAAAAUCAACGCCAAGUUCGAAAGAAGCCGGUGGCUGCAGGAUGCUGUGACAAAGUACGUGUACUCUUCAUGGAAAAUUCUGACAGUUAUUGCGGCUCUUUCAUUUUUGGUUCUGACGGCUGUGCAAACCUAUUGCUCUAUUUAUGCCUGCUCUUCUCGCUCCGCCUCAAACUUUGGCAAACUGCAUGCAGCAGAUUCGGAUUAUGGUCUAAGAAGAGGGAAAUCCGCUGGUCACCGGGAUGAUGCGCUGGGCAGAUUGAACCCUGCGUGCACCCACUUCGUUUAG